UGUCCUCGCUGCCGUCGUUUCAGUUAAAUUUUAUUAUGACAUAAGGUUAAUGUCCGUGAGAUAAUGUCAGAAAAUCAUCAAAAGUCCAGAUAAGACUUUUUUUUUACCGAAGCUGUUAAUUCAGUUUACAGUUAGAGUCACCGCAGACAUUUCCAUUUGUCUGUGUUCUGCUGCCACCUACAGUUCAUAGCAUCAUGGGUAACACGGAGAGCGUGGUGGUGCAGAAGCGGCUGGCACGCUUCCGCCCAGACGAGAGGCCUGUGGUCGAGGCCGUCUUCAACAAAGUCCAGGGCAGUUCUGGAGGGAAGACUUUGACUUUGGAAAUGCUGCAGACGUUCUUGGGCAGCCUGGCCUCAGCCUCCAUGAUACAGCGCCUCUUCAGUUGUAUGUGCAGUAUUGACCCUAAUAUUGCAGCGCCACCUGCAGCUUCUGGAAAGACGGACACCAUUUCUGUUGCCAGUGCCACCCCAGGUGUCAGUCGUGAACACCUGGUCAUCUUUCUGGCCGACACUCUGCACGGCACGGCGGAGGAACGGGCUCCGCUCGUCCUGGCCAUGUCACAGGAAAGACCUGUGGCUGCUGUCAGCUGUGACCAGGUGACAGAGUUCCUACAGGACCUGAUUUCUGCCGUAGUACAGAUUCUGGCCAGUAGUGGGCGCUUGCAGGGCUGGAAUCCUGACAGAAUGUCUGACAGUUGUGCUGGUGUCCGACUCCUGGCGGAGCAGAUGUGUUCGGAGCUCAAACCCACAGACCUGGGGGGUUGUGACGUCUCCUGUUUGGAGGACUGGAUCUUCAGGGUCCCGGCUGUGUCUCUGUACCUGGAGGUUCUCGUAGCUGAAGGUCUGCAGGUGUUUCCUGGUGGCAGAUCUACCGGCUCUCUGCUGCCGCCCUGCAGGGAGACGCCUUGGAGAGAUCUACAAAGUCUUCUGGACCUUCCUACGAUCCUGUUCCUGGCUCCACAGUUGCCAGAUCGGUGCAACGCCCCCUGGAGGCUGGUCUUCUCCACACAACUUCAUGGCGAGAGCUUCACCAGGAUGGUGGGCGGACUGACCAAACGCGGCCCGACGCUGCUGAUGGUCAGAGACUCAAAGGGUCACGUGUUUGGAGGCUUUGCCUCCCACAGCUGGGAGGUCAAACCUCAGUUCCAGGGUGACUCCAGGUGUUUCCUGUUUACUGUUUCUCCCAAACUGAGAGUGUACACAGCCACAGGAUACAACCAGCACUUCAUGUACCUGAACCAGAACCAGCAGACCAUGCCCAACGGACUGGGUAUGGGAGGUCAGCACGGCUACUUCGGCCUGUGGCUGGACAGUGAUUUUGGCCGCGGUCACAGUCGAGCUCGGCCCAAGUGUACCACGUAUGGUAGCCCUCAGCUCUCUGCAGACGAGGAUUUCAGUCUGGACUCAGUGGAGGUGUGGGCGGUCGGAAAACCAUCAGCACCAGAAGAGGGUGAGGAGGCGCAGGGUAAGAGGAGCGUCCUGGACAUGGACCCUGAGGUCCAGGCCAUCAUGGAGAUGACCGGGAAGACCCUGCACAGCCAGGGCCUGAGGGAGCCGGAGGAGGAGGAGGAGGAGGAGGAGGAGGAGGGGGAGCACCGAUGAUGGUGAUGAUGACGGUGAAGCAUGGUUUGGAGGGCGGGGGUUACACCUGACACCAUCUGAACCAGCAGUAAAAUGAAAAAAGAAGCCGACGUUCAACACAACAGUCGGCCCCGAAAGAUCAAAGGAAAAAACACUGCUUUUAAAAGUUUGACGUGAUUUAUAUUUUUUAACGUUGUUUCUGCUCUAAUGAAACCUGACGGAGGUUCAGAGGUGGACCUGGAGGUGGACCUGGAGGUGGACCUGAAGGUCCUCUGUGGUCUUAUAUUUUUAUUCCAAUAAUAAUAAUUUAUUUGGUGAACCCACCGCUGAGUCACAGGUGAAUUAUUCCGUACAAACGGUUGACCUUCAGACUGAAAGGUCACGUUUUUCAUCUGUGAUCCAGAAAUAUAAAAAAAUAAAAUAUUGUUGAGUAAAAUGUGA